GAUUCUCGGCAAGAUGGGCGCCACGAUCAAUGAAAUCCAGGAAGCCUCCAAUACCGACAUUAAGAUGAAUCAGGACACCAAGGAAGCCGGCUACAGCUAUGCGAUUGUCACCAGCAUCAAGAACGUCGAGGCGGAUCUUGAUACUGCUGAGCGACUGAUCAACGAGAAGAUCGCCGGCGGAG